UUGUAGGACAAUGGAAUGAAGAUUCUUACACGUUUUCUGGUGGUGCAAAUAUCAAUACUUGGUCGCGUGCUGCUCGACGACAAAGAAUGAUGAAAACAGAUUGUCAAACGGAAUCAUCUACCACUGUCACUACGUCGACUGAUGAAUCUUUAUUUGAGUUUACUUGUAAUUUUGAGCCAUGGAAUACUAGUAUUAAUACUACUAAGGUUACAAUUUCAUGGACAAAUGGCAAAGAUCGGAGUAUUUUUGAAUCGUUUUAUGGUCAUGUCAAGAAAAAAUUGGAGCAGGAAUUUUCCACUGACGAAUAA